AUGUCUGAAAAUGAUGGCAUAUAUCAAGGAAAAUCUCUUUCUACUUUUUCACAAUCAAAAUCUAAAACAUUGAUUUUUCACAAGGACCAAGAGACAAGUUCUUUUGUUAAUGUUUUUGACAACCCCAAAAGAAAAGUCAUAGAAAAUAUUGAUUCUUCAAAUGAUAUAAAAAAAGACAUUUCUACUUCUAAUCUUUCUACUGAAUCAUCUGGAUUUGAUUAUUCUACUGAACUUAGUGAUAUACAAGUUCUUGAUAUCGAAGUUUAUGAAGAUUAUCCAAUUUUUGAAGAAGAAAAAGAUUCAUUAAUAAAACUAUAUCAUUACAUGAUGAAAAGAAAAUCACUUAGAAAGAAAAACGUUAACAAGGACCAAUCUAAAAGUCAGUUAACUUCAACAACAUUAAGCUUUAUACUCUUUUUAGAUUUUCUUCACUUAUAUAUUAGCAUGGUAAAGCUCCAUUUAUUUUCAGGGUUCUAUGAAUAUUAUGUAUUAGUAUUUCUAUUUUCUUUUCUCUUAAUGAUUUCAAUGCAUUAUUCAAAUCCAAUUCUGAUUUAUUUAUUUACAUUACUUUAUAUUUUUAUUUAUUGCUAUACUUUAAUCAGCAAUAUUCUAAUCACAGGAACUGAUGAAUCACCGGAUAAAAAUCAGUCAAAAAAUUGGUAUGGAUUUAUUAUUCCAUUAGUACUUGUCCUUUUCUUAGGAGUUAUUUUUUAUAAGUGGAUAUAUCCUUUACUUUAUAAAUUAAUUUCAUCAUUACUUAAAUCACGAUUUUCUAUCAGAAAAAUUGUAAGUAAAAAAACUCAAAAAACUAAAUAUGAGUUUGAUCAUGGAAAAUAUUUGUUCAUGAUUAAUGAAUUUGAUCAAAACAAUUUAAACAGAACAAGUGGAUUUGGAACAUGGAUAGAUAACUCUUUUCAUGGAGAAAGAUUAGAAGGAUAUUUUGAUAAUGCUAUUCCUGUUGGUCCAUUCCAUUCAGUUGAAAGUAAAACACCAAAUAUAUUUAAGUCAAUUAGAAUAAUAUUUGCGUCAAAUUCUGGUGGUAAAUUAUUUAUUGAAAAGACAAAAUUAGGAUAUGGAGUUGCUUCAGUAGAGUGUUGUGUUAGUGGAACUUUUUAUAAACACUAUCCAUUAGUUCAUUAUAUUACAGAAAAAAAAGAGUGUAAUUGUAGAAAACGAGAAUGUUUUUGUAUAAGUAACAUUCUUAAAAAUCAUUUAUAUUUUCAUUUAGAAGAAAAUAAACCUGUUUCAAAUAUUAGUGUUAUGGUAGAUCAAAAAGAAAAUUGCUUGUUUAUUCCUGGUUAUUAUUCAAAACAUGCUAAAAAAAGAAAAGAAGUAACAAUAACAGUAAAAGAUUUAAAUAAUGAAAAAACAUUAGAAGUAGAUUCUCAUUGGGUUAAACGAUGUGGUUCAGUUGCUGAAGGAAAUAUAGAAGUACUUCUAUUUAUUCAUGGACUUGAUCAUACUUUGUAUGAUGCUCUUCGAAGAAUGGGUCAAAUGCUUGCACUAGGAAAUUUCCCACAACACAUUCUUCCAUUAGUAUUUAAUUGGCCGUCUUCUCAAAACGCUGCUUGUUAUUAUUGUGCAGCAAAUAAUGCAUGUGAUAGAAAUCAGCAUAGAGACUUUUUCAAUUUUUUAAAAUCCUUGCAAAAUGCAGGUGUUAAAAGAAUUCAUAUAAUGUGUCAUUCUCUUGGUUCUAAAUUCUUUAUGCAAAGUUAUUUAUUGGUUCAAUCAUUAUUUAAAAAAGUUUCUAAAAAUUCUACAAGAUAUUCUACAUAUGGAACUUCUUCUGAUAUUAGUGAAGGAGAAAUAAAUGAAGACAUUGAACAAGGAAAUAUUAAAAUGGAAUUUGCUAAUCUAAUUUUACUUAAUUCUGAUUAUGAAGUUGAAACAUUCGUUGAAGAUUAUAAUGAAUUAAAGGAACGAUGUGAACAUAUCACAAUUUAUGCUGAUCAAAGAGAUUCUGCAUUACAUAUAAGUAAUUUUCUUACAAAAAAAGAACGAUUAGGAGCCCGAACCACACCAUUAGAAUAUAAUGGUGAAGUUUUAGAUAAAAUUGAUAUUAUUGAUACAUCAGAGUUAGAUAGAAAUAUUAAUGAAGCACGACAUGGAUUUUUUAAUAUUAAUAAAAUGAUGAUUGAUGAUCUUUUUGAUAUAAUUGUUAAUUCUAAAUCUGCUUCUUCUCGAGUAACUCGUUUAGUGAAUGUCAACGGAACCUAUAGGUUUUCGCUUCUUCCUUCUUUUUCUCAAAUGAGGUUUUCACAAGUAGAGCAAAAGUGA